AUGGUGGACACAAUUCAAACGAAGGAAGGUGCCAUAGCAAUAAGCGCCGACAAUAUGCGUGCUUCAAUGCGUUCAGUACGUCGAGGAAAAACAAAAAUGAUACUGACGCCUGCGUCACUCGCAUCUCACCUAAAAGCUAACGGUCGAAAGCUUGGAGAAGGAAUUGCGCUUCUGUACGAACAGUUUGAGAAAGAAUCACCCACAUUUUUCGCAUUUUUCAGCGCUGAAAAUAGAGCAAAGAACAAAUUUCCAAACGAGAUAUUUCUCUCGGAUAGAACCCGAGCAAAACAGUAUGUAUUGGCUCAGGCACCAUUUGAUGAGGCAACCGCGGGUGAUUUCUUUCGAUUAGUAAUGCAGUGCAAACCAGAAGUAAUUAUCGUACUCAUGGAUCUGAAUCCGGAAGACAGCGGACAAUAUAUUAUACCAUCGAAACUGAGAAAAUACGGUGCAAUAAGCGUUCAAAACGAGAAACAAGAAAAGCGUUCCUCAUCGAAGGAAUCUGCGGAAAAAUACAGUCAUUAUAAACUGAUUAUAAUGAAAGAAAUGGAGAAGGAAGAGAAAAUUGAACAGAAAUAUCAUUUGCUGACGUUUAAUACAUGGACCAAUGAUAUGGUGAUCCCGAAGGAUGACUUCAUUAAAUUUUAUAAAAUGGUUCAUAAGCUAUUGAAGGAUAAAAGCCGCGAAUGCUCACAGCUUGUGGUUUGUCCAUCGGGUGCUCAUCGUGCCGGUGUAUGGACGGUAUUCGAUAUGGAAACAGAACGCUUAAAAAUUCAAAAUCGAAUUCGAUUCUCUGAUACGAUCAAAAAUGUGCGAAAUCAACGAUGCAAUACAAUCGAACGUUUUGAACUAUUUGAUGGCCUUUUGAACCUUCUCGUUACUUAUGCUAAAACUCAAAUAUAA